AUGGGGGAUUUGUAUGCUCUGGAUUUCGAUGGAGUCCUCUGCGAUAGCUGCGGGGAGAGCUCACUUUCUGCUGUCAAGGCUGCUAAAGUGAGAUGGCCUAAUCUGUUCAAUGGCGUGGACUCAUCGAUUGAGGAUUGGAUCGUUGAUCAGAUGCAUAUAGUUCGACCGGUAGUGGAAACUGGAUACGAAAAUCUAUUACUCGUGAGAUUACUGCUGGAAUCCAAAAUUCCUUCUAUCCGCAAGUCCUCAGUUGCUGAGGGGAUCACAGUUGAGCGAAUACUUGAAAACUGGUCGAAAAUAAAACCCGUGAUUAUGUCCGAAUGGGAAGAGAACAGAGAUGAUCUGAUAGAUCUCUUUGGAAAAGUCAGGGAUGAAUGGAUAGACAAUGACCUUUCGACGUGGAUAGGGGCAAAUAGAUUUUACCCGGGUGUUUCGGAAGCUCUAAAGUUUGCAAGCUCGAAGUUAUACAUUGUCACGACAAAACAGUCUCGAUUUGCGGAUGCUUUACUUCGAGAGCUUGCUGGAAUCACUAUUCCACCGGAGAGAAUCUAUGGUUUGGGUACUGGGCCUAAGGUGAAAGUUCUGAAGCUGCUUCAGGAGAUGCCAGAACACCAGGGUCUAUCACUUCACUUUGUUGAAGAUCGACUCACAACUUUGAAAAAUGUCAUAAACGAGCCAGUGUUGAACAAGUGGAACCUAUACCUAGGAGAUUGGGGAUACAACACUCAGAAAGAGCGAGAGGAGGCUGCAAGCAUUUCCAGAAUUCAACUUCUUCAGUUGUCCAGCUUUAGCAAGAAGCUAAAAUGA